ACCGAAGUUUUGAUCAGCUGUGUGACAGCUCAAUGGAAUUUUUUUUGUUAUUGUUUCUUUGCAUUUCUUUUGUAAAGUUUGUUUUCCUCCCUCGAGUUUCUCUUCUUCUCUCUGAAAAGCAAUAAAUUCCCCGAAGCGUGAUUAAUAACUAAUAAAUGGUGCUUAUUCUAAGAGACUGUGUGUAAUUUAGUGAAGAAUGUUUUUGUGAUUGCUGGGGAGGGGGUUUGUGUUGGUUGAGAAAGUUCCCCAGUGCGGGGAGUUUGGGCCCCUUCCGGGAAGGAAGGAGAGAAAAAAAUAAAGAAUUUUACCUGCACAGGUGACACACCUGUGGCGCCAGAAUGAAGUUUGCGGAACACCUGUCCGCCCACAUUACACCGGAAUGGCGGAAGCAGUACAUCAGCUACGAGGAGAUGAAGGCGAUGCUGUACACUGCCCUCGAGGAAGCCCCCUCAGCGGAGGCAGUUGAAGAGGAUAUCCGGAAGCGACACUACAGCAACUUUGAGGAAACCUUCUUCAGCUACUGCGAACAGGAACUCAAGAAGAUCAAUACAUUCUUCUCGGAGAAAUUGGCUGAAUCCACGAGGAAGUUUGCAGCACUCUCAACGGAGCUGAAACGUUGCCAGGAGGAGAGUCAGAAGAGCAAAUCCAAGAAAUCUUCCAUGAAUAAGUACACAGAUAUUCCAUAUCGAAAAGCCCAAGAACUCCGGCUGGCUUUCAGUGAAUUCUAUCUGAGUGUGAUUCUCCUGCAGAAUUUCUGUGAGCUCAAUCACACGGGCUUCCGAAAGAUUCUCAAGAAGCACGAUAAGCUCCUGGCAACGGAUCGUGGGGCAAAGUGGCGUCAGGAGCACGUUGAGACGUCUCAUUUCUAUACGAACAAAGACAUCGAUCGCAUUAUCAAUGAGACAGAAUCCCUCGUGACGCAUGAGCUCGAAGGUGGGGAUCGGCAGCGUGCCAUGAAGCGUCUCCGGGUGCCGCCACUGGGGGAGCAACAGAGCCCCUGGAUUACUUUCAAGGUGGGUCUCUUCUCGGGCGGCUUCAUAGUUUUGUUCAUCACAGUGGUCCUCUCGGCCAUCUUCCAUGAAUCCGUUGGAGAUAACCUGAAAGUGGCCUUUCGGCUCUACCGUGGACCACUCCUCCUAAUUGAGUUCCUCUUCCUCAUUGGCAUCAACAUCUACGGCUGGCGAUCUUCGGGUGUCAAUCACGUCCUCAUCUUUGAGCUCGAUCCCCGGAAUCAUCUCUCAGAGCAGCAUCUCAUGGAGUUGGCGGCAAUCUUUGGUGUUGUCUGGACACUCAGUAUGCUCAGUUUCCUGUACAGUUCCAGCCUCAGUAUCCCAGCCUUUGUGAAUCCCCUGGCGCUGUCGCUGAUAAUGCUCAUCUUCCUCUGCAAUCCAUUCAAAGUCUUCCGGCCUGAGGCACGUUUCUGGCUUCUACGCAAAAUUGGUCGCAUCAUUGCAGCUCCCUUCUUCCACGUGGGCUUUGCAGACUUUUGGCUGGCAGAUCAGCUGAAUUCCCUCGUUACGGCACUGCUGGAUUUUCAAUUUCUCAUUUGUUUCUACGUCACAAAUGGGAAUUGGCUUGAAGCGAAUGAUACACGUUACCACAACGAUCGGGACUUCAUCCUUCGUCCCAUUGUCAAUUGCUUGCCAGCGUGGUUCCGUUUUGCACAGUGCCUAAGGCGAUACAGGGACUCCCGGGAGGCCUUCCCGCAUCUCGUGAAUGCCGGAAAAUACUCCACCACAUUCCUCGUGGUGAUCUUUGCAACACUCAAGAGCUACCAUGCGUCAGAGUAUGAGAGUACCUUUGAGAAUCCCUAUGUGAUCCUGUGGCUCCUGAGUGCCGUUGUGUCGUCCGUUUAUGCGUAUUUGUGGGACAUCAAGAUGGAUUGGGGGCUGUUUGAUAAGAAUGCUGGGGAGAAUCGCUUCCUGCGCGAGGAAAUUGUGUACUCAUCCACAUCCUUCUACUACUUUGCCAUUGUGGAGGAUCUCGUGUUGCGCUUCUCAUGGGUGGCUGCCUUUGUACUUGCCGAAGCGAAGAUUGUUUCCGGAGAAGUGAUGACAUCGAUCACGGCUCCUCUGGAGGUGUUCAGGCGCUUCGUUUGGAAUUUCUUCCGGCUGGAGAAUGAACAUCUGAAUAAUUGUGGAAAGUUCAGAGCUGUCCGGGAUAUUUCCAUUGCCCCAAUUGAUUCAUCCGAUCAAACAACCAUCCUUCGUAUGAUGGAUGAGAUUGACGGUGUUGUCAACAGAUAUGGGAAGAUGAAUCGACCAAAGGCGAGAAAAUCCAAGGACCCCGAGAGGAAAUCUCUGCUAACGCCGUACAAGGGAUCUCUGCAGGAUCUGACAAUAGACAUGGGCGGAACGAAGAAGCUGUGAGACCCAGUGAUUGGCAUCAAUCAUCGAGAGUUACUUAAGAAAAGCUAUAUAUAUUCUGUUUUUUUUUCUGUCCGCACACACUCUGGCAGUAUUUUAUAAGAAUGUGUGAGUUUUAUCUUUUUUUUUAGCUAGGAACUACGAGAUUUUAGAGUCUUCAAAAAUCAUUCCUCUUUUAUCGAAAUAAAGAAGAACGAAAAAAAAAA